AUGGUGGCCAUGGACACGGUGUUUGCUGCCCUCAAAGAGCACGAGCUGCCCUCAGCCAACCUCGGUCUGCCCAGCCACCUCAUCCAGCGCCACUGGCCACAGCCUACCUAUGUCACCCACACAGCCCCCGUCGUCAAGAUGCUCGUUGAGCAGGAUGAAUGGAGAAGGGAUUUAUACAUCAGGUCAGGAGAGACAGACUCUGGAGAAGAGCCUCAGGAAACCGGUUCUGAGGAGGAAACCCAAGUGCCAUCAAAGCCGAGGAGAGACUUCCUGAAGUGCUCGUUGCUGCGGCAGCGAGGGCAGUUUGAGCUGCAGUUUGUGAAUGAGCACUUUGAUUCCAACUAA